GAACUUACUUGUAGGUCAGAGGCAAUGGAAGACAAGCUCCACAAAGACAGCCCAGAGGAUAGCUUUCAACUAACUUCACGCACCACAGCCACAGAUAAGAAGUCAAUCCAUGUCAACACUUCACCAGUGAACGUAGAAUCAAGAGAUGUUGUGUGUAGGCCACAGGGCUAUGAUGCAGAUUUUGACCCUCCUCUUGAGAACAAAUACGAGUGUCCAAUCUGCUUGAUGGCCCUCCGCAAUGCAGUACAAACGCCCUGUGGCCAUCGAUUCUGUCGUGGUUGCAUUGAGACGUCAAUUCGAGAGGCUGGAUCUAAAUGUCCAAUAGACAAUGAAAUGUUAACACUGGAGCAGCUCUUUGCUGACAACUUCGCCAAUCGGGAGAUCCUGUUACUUGUUGUCAAUUGCGGUAAUGACGAUUGCUACCAGCAGAUGGAGCUGCGGCACCUCGAUGCCCACCUGGCUCAGUGCCAGUUCUCUAGGGAGCGGUGCCCGCUGUGCCAGGCUGCGCUGCCGAGAUGCCAACUGGAGGAGCACAAGGGGCAGCAGUGCCCUCGCCGCCUAGUGGCCUGCCCCGCCUGCAUGCACUUGUACAUCAGUGAGGAGAGACAGGUUCAUGAUGAGCAGUGUCCUUUCACUCGUGUCUUGUGCGAGUACUGUCAUGCAGAGCUCUUUCGGGACCAUUUGGCCUCCCACUGUGACACAGACUGCCCUGAAGCUGUAGUAACCUGCAAUUUCAGUUCCUUCGGCUGCGAGGAAAAGAUGCCACGCAGUGCCCUCGCCCAACACAUGCAAGAAUUCACCCUGUCGCACUUGAAUGCUCUGGCUGUCUCUAUCAUCAGAGCCCAUAGCCAAUAUGGACACCCAGCACUACCACCACCCUGGGCGUGCUCCACAGGGGGUGAAGCAGGUUCAGGGGGGACGUCUGCCAUCACCUCGCAUGUAAGGGAUACUCCCCUGAGGACAACCACACAGGAGGACCACACAGGGCUGCAGCACAUGCAGGAGAUGGUACAACAGCUGGAAGGGAGGUUGGUCAAGCAGAACCACCAGCUCCGCGAGCUGACCAUCCGAUCGCAAACCCAGGCCUCACAGCUGCAGGAGCUGCACCGACACACCGUGGACCUAGAGGGUGCUGUGGAGGACAUGGUGGCCCAGCAGCGUGACAAUGGCGUCUUCACCUGGACUGUGCGGGACUUUGCAGAGCACCUCAAGGCCCAGAAAGCCAACCGGCCAGUGGUGCUGUACAGCCCAGGCUUCUACACGGGCCGGCCGGGCUACAAGCUCUGCCUGAGGCUGCAGCUGCAGCCGUCCGCUGCCCCCCGCCAUCCCGACUUCCUCUCCCUGUUUGUGCACACCAUGCGUGGGGCCUUCGACAUGCAGCUGGCCUGGCCCCUCCAGGGCUGCUUCAAGCUGAGUAUUCUGGAUCAGCGUGAUGGUCAACAGCACAUCAUGGAAGUGAUGGAGACCAAGCCAGACCUGAUUGCCUUUCAGCGCCCCACUACCACUACCGCUGCCACUGCUGCUGAUCGCAAUCAGAAGGGAUUUGGUUAUGUCACUUUUGUGCACCUCAGCAAGCUGGGUGAGAGAUACGUGGCAGAUAAUACGCUGCGUCUGCAAUGUGAGGCCAAAAUAAACGUUUCUGCUUCAGGGUAAACUGAAACAUUAUGGUCUCUGUAACACUCUUGGCAAGCUGCACGUUCUCUUGUGUAAGUUGAUAGUGUGUGAUUACAUUAUCUAUGUAUGUUUAACCCUGGGAAGAUAGAGGUGUUUUUUUCCCCUGCCAAGCUUUGCCGU